GUGAGCAGGUGCUCUCGUGGCCCCACAACGUCGCUGCGAUGGGGCCGCGCGAGGACUCCGCGUGCUGGUGGUAUUGCAAGAGUUGUAAGAAUGAUCGCACGGGUAAGCAGUGGUGGAACAUGGCGCAUGCGAAGAAGUGUGUGAUGUGCGGCUUGGCGAAAGGAGUCACGUUCGGGGGCAACGUUCAGCCCGCGGAGCCUUCAGUCCGCGCCAAGUCCAAGAUGCCGCCGUGGAAGUACCCGUCUGCUGAGGCGGCAGGGCAGGCGAAGAUCCGCGAGCUGGAGGCGAAGAUCAAGGAGCUUCAGGCUGAGUCUAAACGUGGGCUCUUCGGGGGCCACAUGCAGGUCGACGCUGGCGAAAAGGAUGAUGAGGCUGACAUUCGCAGAAGGCCCAAGGAGAUCGAUGAGCAGCUGGCGUUUGUGUCCAAGUACAGCAAUGAGUCGAAGGCGGGCGCAUAUGUGGAGUCGUUACGGGUCGAGAAGGAGCGUUUGCACAGCACGCUUCAGGAGUCUCGCCCCAUGUUUGCGAAGUUGCAGACCAUGUCUAAUCGGCUCAAGACGGCGGAGAAGCGGGCGGAAGCUUCGAGAGAGUUGGUGGCUGAGAGGAAAUUUCAACUUGGCGAGAUGCAGAAGAGUCUGGAGCAGGCCGAGAAGAAUCUCACAGAGCAGGAGAAGGAGGUGGUGUCGCUCAGCGCGCAGGUGCAGGAGCUCACGAAGCAGGCGCCAAUGGCUCCUGAGUCGGCAUCACUCGAAGAGAAGGGCAAGGGCAUGGCCAUGGACGUUGGUGCCUUGGGCAAGAUGCUUGAGGCGCAGGGUCUCGGCUCCGAGCAGGCGGAGGGCUUGGCGCAGGCAGGGGGCGGAGCGCCCGCCGCUGCAGCAGCAGGAGGCGCCAAGCCCAAGUCUUUGGACCAGGUGAUUGCAGAUGCCCAGGAAGAGGAGCUGCGGGAGUCGUUGGAGGCGCUUUACCCAUCCGAGUUGGCGGACCAUGUUCCCAAGGUUGUGGCAGACUCCUGUCUGGACGCUGAUGAUUGCCAGCGGGAUUUUCAGCAGUCAGACGACGUUGGCUUCGACCAGGACGAGUUCUUCGGUAUCACCGAGAGUUCGACGGCGGCGUUGACCUCUUCUUCGGCCACGUGUGGGUCUACUGGGGCCAGCACCGCUCUGGCGUCUGGUCAGCAGCCUUAUACUGACCUCAGGUUGAAGGGAGUGAUCACGUCUGCCAAUGUGGAGGGUGCAGGACCUUUCAAAAUGUUUAUGGAGACGUGCAGGUCCAAGAUCGUGGUGAUUCAGGAGCAUCGCACGUUAGCCAAGCAUCUUCCAUCGUUGCAGGCUCGCAUUCGUGAUCUGGGCUUCCAUGGUUUCUUUGGUGGGGCUGUGGAGACAGGCGCUACGGGGCGUUCUGGUGGAGUAGCCAUCCUGGCUCCGACGCAUAUCGUGGUGAAGGAAGGGGUACUCGUCGUCGGGUCGGCCUUCAUGCAUAACGCGAUGGCGGAGAUGUCUAAGCUGCUGGGCGAGCACUCGCUCACGGUGAUGAUGGACAUGUGGAAGUGUUUCGACACGGUCAAGGUCAGCAGUCUUUUUUGUGAGGCUCGGGAAGUCGGAUACCCUUUGCGACUACUGUGGCAGUUGGUGACUUCUUACAAGAUGCCUCGGGCGGUGAAGGCGUUUGGGUCGGUGUCUGUCCUACACGAGGUGGGGCAAGGCUACUCGCAUGUUCAAGAGUGGUAUGAGAAGGCUGGCCUGCUGGUUCAGCCCGUCAAGUCGGGCUAUGUGGGCACCACCCGUGAGGCGCUCAAGAAGUUUUCUCCGCGGGCCAAAGUGCUGAGGCUCACUCAGAGGAAGCAGAUGCGUAGCUUGGGACAUGAUAUGGUUGGUGGCCGUGUGAUUCGCACGGUUGCGAAGGGACGUCUGGAUAAGAUGCAGAAACGAAUGGGGCGUGUCAAGGUGCUCCAAAAGGCUGCUGGUUCCAAAGUGGGGGCCAUCUGGCGUACUGGGUUGCUGGCAGGAGCUGCACACGACAGCUCGGUCUCGGGCGUUCCCGACGGCGACCUGAGGCAGCUCAGGCAGACGGCUGGAGUCAUCGCUGGGGUUCACGCCAAAGGGGUCAGCGUCACGGCCGACUUCGUGUCUCAGCGGGACCCGUACAUGGACCCGAUCUUCGACGCGACGCUCAAUAUGGUGUAUACGUACAGUUGUUUCGUGUUCGACAUGAGGAUGGACAUGGGCAAGCUCGAGAGGGCAUGGCGUGUACUCCUAGACCUGUGGCAGGGGCGUGCUCCAG